AUGAAGACCUACCCUCUCCUCUUCGAGCCCGGCGAGGGAUGGAUGUACGGCUCUGGCACCGACUGGGCCGGCGAGGCCAUCGCGCGGAUCAAUAACGCCACACUCGAGGAGUCCAUGCGGUCCAAUAUUUGGGACCCGUUGGGUUUGACUUCAACAACGUUCCAUCCUGAGCUUCACGAAGGUAUGAUGGAUCGCCUCGCGACAAUAUACGAGCGCACCGACGACCAUGGAUUAGAGCGCGGCGACUGGCUCUCGCGCAUCCUGGCCCUUCACGACCGCGGUAGUCACGGAAUAUGGUCGACACCCCACGACUGGACAAAGUUUGUUAGCAUGAUUCUCGCAGAUGGCGGCUCCAAUCUCUCUAAAUCCAGCGUUGAUGAGAUCUUCGCACCGCAGACAGUCGGCUCAAGUGACCUACAAGAGCUGCUGACCGGCCCGCUACGAGCCCCCUUCGAUCUACCGUCGAUAUGA